AGCGCGUCCGCACGCAAUGACGAAAGAGGACGACUCCCCUGCAGAAGCCGCCGCCGCCGCUUCGGCCAGGAAACACUUGGACGAACUCCGGUGGGUCAUACACGUCAAGAACAUCCUUCAGACCAUGAACGAGGAGCUCUACUCGCGAGAUGCUCCUUCCAUCUUCACCGUGCCCAAGGCCUUGUCAUCCGCCCGCCCUGACUCUUACCUGCCGCAGCUCAUCGCCGUCGGCCCCUACCAUCACUGGGACCCACUGCUCUACCAGAUGGAGCACUACAAGCUCGCCAUCGCCAAGCGCAACCAAACGCAGCUCCUCCUCCAGGGAACCUCCUUCCACCACUUCGUCGACUACUGCGCCAACAAGGAGCACGCCAUCCGUUCCUUCUACCACCGCCACGUCGACCUCGACCGCGAGACCUUGGCGUGGAUGAUGGCCAUCGACGCCGCCUUCCUGCUCGAGUUCCUGUGCAGCCUCUCGGAUGCCAGGUGCGGCUUGGCCAUCGGCAUUAAGCUCGCCUGCAAGUCCAUCGCCCGCGACACCGCCAUGCUCGAGAACCAGAUCCCGUUGUUCCUCCUACGCAAGCUCCUGCGGUUUCAUACCCAUCUCGCCGAUGACAAUCUCUCCUCCCUCCUCCUCGGAUUCGUCAAGUCCAUCUCCCCCUUCAAGGCCACUCAAAAUCUCGCCGCCCUCUCCAGACCCAAAGCCUACGCGCACCUCCUCCAGCUUCUCUACCGCGUCAUCGUACCUCGACAAAAAGAGACCGCCGACUGCAAUUCUAUCGACGGCUCCGCCGUCACCAUCCCCACACCCGAGGCCGAGUGUGAAAUCGAUGUCGCCGAAUCGGUGCACGAGCGAGCAAAGCCAGGACCGGAGUACAGCGGCAUCUUCGACACGAUUUGGGCCACCGCGUCCGGGCUUCACGUUGUGAAUCUGCUGAUCGUAAAGCCCUUCGAGAUGCUGCUCAAGAUCCCCUGGCCAAUCUUUUCGGCCCUGUUCAAGGGAUUGACUAGCUCGUAUGCCCCGGUGCCGGCCGAUACGACUAUCUCGGCCGAUGAGAUCGAGAUCCCGUCGGUGGAGGAGCUAGUGAAGGCCGGCGUCAAGUUCUCGUGCACGGAGGGCGACCUGAGCACUAUCCGCUUCGACGCGAAGACGGCCACGUUCUACAUGCCGACGAUCGUGAUGGACUCGAAUACAGAGGCGGUGGUGCGCAAUCUGGUGGCAUACGAGACGACGGCGGAGACGGGGCCGCUGGUGUUCGCGCGGUACACGGAGCUGAUGAACGGGAUCAUCGACACGAAGGAGGACGUGCGGCUGCUGCGGGAGGCGGGAGUGGUGGAGCGGCGGCGGAUGAAGAGCGACGAGGAGGUGGCGCGGGUGUGGAACGGGAUGGAGCGGUCGGCGAGGGCGGCGAGGGCAGGGGAGAUGGACAGGGUGAUCGCGGAGGUGAACGCCUACUAUGACAGCCUGUGGGGAGUGCGUGCCAGGCGGUUCGUGAGGACAUACGUGUCCCGGUCGUGGCAGGUGCUGACGUUUGCGGCUGCAGUUCUGCUGCUCUUGAUGACUUCCCUGGACGCCUUCUGCUCCGUUUUUCUCUGUGCUUCCUUCUGGUCAAACUGAACCAACCGAACCGGAUUCCAAUUUAUCUAAUUGCUAUCAACUUUUCAUAAUACGUAAAUUGUGAUUUUGUAUUUAUAAAAUAAGUGCUUCCUGGUUUAGACUAUGUUAAAAUUCUAAAUAGUAUAUAUGUCCAUCAGUUCAUGCCACUCUUUGGAUCCUUUUGAG